CGACUCGCUCAUCAAAUCUCUGACACGUCCUUUUCUUGUUUGUCGUUAGCCCUUCACCUCCAUGGCUCCUCUCGCAGAUUUCCUCCUGACUCAUGUUCCCAUUACUCUCCCCCCUCAUCUAUACUCUUAUAUCCAUGGGAAGACACCACUGUCAUCUACUCCAACUGUGGUUACAGCUCUUGCUUCCUACCUAAUUGUUAUAUUCGGCAUUCAAGCCUUAAUGAAGAAUCGACCUGCUCAGAAGCUCAAUACGCUCUUUCAGGCCCAUAAUGUCAUUUUGAGCAGCGGGAGCCUCUUGCUACUGGUUCUAAUGUUGGAGGAAAUUCUGCCAAUUAUGUGGAAACAUGGGCUGUUUUACGGUAUCUGUCAUGAAGGCGCUUGGACUAGCAGAAUGGAGUUUUACUACAUGAUCAACUAUUACUUUAAAUAUUUGGAACUGCUUGAUACAGUCUUCCUCGCGUUCAAGAAGAAACCCCUUGCAUUCCUACACGUCUUCCAUCACUCUGCCACCGCGCUUCUAUGUUAUUCCCAGUUGGAAGGGAGAACGAGUAUCUCUUGGACUGUCAUUUCGUUGAACCUUACGGUCCAUGUCCUCAUGUACUACUAUUACUACGCAACUGCGGGUGGUGCUAAAAUCUGGUGGAAGAAGUACUUGACGAUGAUGCAGAUCAUUCAGUUCGUGAUCGACCUCUUCCUGGUUUACUUUGGCACCUACCAACACUUUUCGUUUAUCUACAAAGAUACAGUCCCUGGUAUUGGCGAUUGUGCUGGCGGGGAAAAUGCCGCACUGUUUGGUUGUGGACUGCUUUCCAGCUAUCUUCUGCUCUUCAUCAACUUCUACUUCCGAACAUAUAAAAAACCGGCCGGGAAUCAUGUUAGAGGGGCGAGGAAUGGAUCAGCAAAUGGACAUGCGAACGGCAACGGGAGAGCUCACAAAGCAGAAUGAAUUUGGCCCCCGGGGUAAGGAGGUAGCUGGUAAAUCCGUUUUGAAGACCUUAGACGAGUCGUAUACCCUUGAGCAUUUAUUGUUGUUUUAAUAACUAGAUGGUUGUUGGGGACAGGACAGCACGGGCUCGCAAUCCAUACUGUUCGCUUAAGAUGAAUGUAUUGCUGUCACUGACUGUCAAAUAUACACCCGUAAGAGAGAUUUGUACAUG